AUGGCAUCCGAGGCGACGAAAGGUAAACUUACAGGCAGGGUGGGCAUUGUCGGUACCGGCCAUCGAGCCCGUCUGUAUACCCAAGCUGUAGCAGAUCGACCUAAUGUCACCGUCGUCGCUUUGUGCGAUACGAACGAAGCAAGGAUGGACUGGCAUAACAAGAUCUUGCUCGAAGCUGGCGAACCGGAGGCGAACAAGUAUCCUGCUGAGCAAUUUGUUAAGAUGUUGAAGGAGGAAAAGCUGGAUAUAUUGGUGGUGACGACGAUUGAUUAUACGCAUGAUGCGUAUAUCAUCCCGGCUAUCGAAGCUGGUAUCAAGGUCCUCACCGAGAAGCCCAUGACAACAACCGUCGAAAAGUCCAAACGCAUCCUCGCCUCUACCAAACUCCCAAACGCCGGCUCCCUCACCGUCCUGUUCAACUACAGAUACAACCCCGUGCACUGGAAAGUCGCUGAAACCCUGUCCAAACCCCCUUCAGAAGGCGGGAUUGGCGAGAUCAAGUCGGUGCAUUUUGAGUGGUUGUUGGAUAGUGUGCAUGGGGCGGAUUAUUUUAGGAGGUGGCAUCGGUAUAAGGAUAUGUCGGGGGGGUUGAUGGUGCACAAGGCGUCGCAUCAUUUUGAUCUGGUCAAUUUUUGGAUCCAGUCCACCCCUGCUUCAGUCUUCGGCCUCGGGUCUCUCGGGUUCUACGGCAAAGAGAAUGGCCAGAAGAGCGGUUGGGCGCGUACCUACGACCGCGCUCUCGACGCGAAAGAGGCCGAAGACGAUCCAUUUGCGAUCCAUCUCGAAGAUGAGGAGGGGCUUAAGGGGCUUUAUGUUGACGCUGAACAUCUUGAUGGGUACCAUAGGGAUAUGAACGUCUUUGCGGACGAUAUCACUAUUGAAGAUGAUAUGUCUGUUCUAGUGCAUUACGAUUCUGGCGUCAACAUGACAUACCACCUCACCGCUUACUCUCCAUGGGAAGGCUACAGAGUCAUGUUCAACGGCACCCACGGCCGACUCGAACUCGAAGUCAUCGAAAACGCCUUCCGCCUCCCCAUCCCCAAAGGCUCCAACGCCUCCGAACACGUCCACGGCACCGCCGCCCUCCCGAACGAAGGCCACUCCAAAAUCACCCUCCACCCCCUGUGGCAGCAAGCCCGAGAUGUGCCUUUUGAGGUCGGAGAGGGCGGGCAUGGAGGUGGGGAUGAAGCGAUGUUGGAUGAGGCGUUUGGGCCGAGGAAGGGGCAGAAGGAGAGGAGGUGUCCGGUGAAUGGGUUGGGGGCGGAUGAGAGGGAUGGGGCGUUGGCGAUGGCGGUGGGGUUGGCGGCGAAUGAGAGUUUCAAGACUGGUAAACAGGUGUUUAUCAAGGAUAUGCUUGGUGAUGUGUUGUAG